AUGACUAACUUUAGGGUAGAGAUAAGGUGUGUAAUACUUAAAACUGACCACAGCUUAGAUUACUAUGCUAUUAAAACCAUCUUCGAUACCCUAUGCUAUCUUUCUGUUAGAGGGUAUAGUAUAGUAGAAAACCAAUCGACUUAUAUUGGUAGUGUUAGAAGUAGUGUAUGCUCUAACGCUAAGGGUAAAACCAUUACUGUACAUAAAGCGAUGAGAAACCACGCUUACGCUAAGUGGUAG